CUCCUCUUCCCGUGCCAGAAACUUGAAAGUAACAUGUAGAGCUUCUGUCAGCUUCCUUGGAAACUGUGUCCUUCAAAGCUGGAUUAAAAACACCCAAUCAUGUCAGAACCAAAGCUGCUGCUCCGGAGGCCUCUUCCUCCAAAAGUGGAAAUGGUACCGUUUAUACCAAAGAGGAAAGACCGUAAAGGGGAUGAUGAUGAAGAUAAAGAAUCCAAAGACAUUCCUGGAGACAGUAGAGCCACGGAUGUCCAACUUCCAAUAUCUGCGAAGAGCCAUCAAGUUCUUUUGUCUUUGCCUGACUCCAUUGGUUAUACACCAAGCAAUUUGGACUAUGGUUCUGGCUCCCAGUUGCCAAGCCCGGAACCAAGCUAUCUCCAUCUAGACAGUAUUAAGAAAAACGUUGUUAUUCCUCUGCAGUCUAGCGGGCCUCCCAGCUUUCCGUUGCAUAAACGCCGCAUUCCCUUGCGACUGAAACUUCCUGCACUGAAGUUUCGCCGGUUGUUUUUAACAUCAGAUUUUAUCCUGAAAGGUUUUACUGCAGAGGUCUCUCGUGGUUCACAACGUGCAAAAUCUGGAUAUAAAAAGCCAAUGAUUUCUCAUCUUAACUAUGAAGUAUGUAGUCGCCAGCUGAUACAGGAAUUACAGAGGAGCGGCCAAGUGGAAGUCAAUAGAAUACUACUUCCAGCGGCGGGUUUCCCAUUUGCUGCAACAAGAAUACCUGACAGUCAAAUGCAAUUAGAAAAGUUUCUGGAGCAGGCCUUAGUAACUUCCGAGACAGCUGAAAUCUCAGAAAAAGAUGCAAAAAAAAAAUUACCAUUCCACCAUGUCGAAUGGGAAAAAAGAAAAAAGAGGAUGGUGACUUGCUCAGACAUGCCGUUUGACAGUGACAAUCUAUCUCUUGUCUCUGGUGCCGGGUGCAGGUAUCAAUUAAGCCCAGAGGACGAGGAAAGGGAAUUGUUGACCAAGGCUGAAAUGGCAGUUUACUGUUGCCUGAUACAUAAAAAUCUUGGGCUUAGUCUUAAGGCAUAUUUUCUGCCUAGACUUCCAGACCUCUCAUCAGUGGCCGACUUUUUAUUGUACCUUAAUUUGUCAUUUAAUAACUUACACUUCUUCCCAACGGAGGUGUGUGAUAUUAAAAACUUGCAAGCCUUAAAGCUCCGAAACAACCCAAUCAAAUUCAUUCCAGAAGAUAUCAAGAAAAUGAAGUGUCUUAAAUCCUUGGUCGUAUCCUUCAAUCUGCUGACUGAACUCCCAUCUUGGUUGUUUACGUUACCCGAUCUUGAAUAUCUUGAUGCUGGCUAUAAUGAAAUUGAACACAUCUCAAAUGCUAUAAGCAAUGCCAGGAACCUCAAGAUUCUCAUCUUAGAAGGCAAUCUGCUGCAUGCUUUGCCUUGUGGGCUUUUGAGCCUCAAGUUGAAACGCUUGAAGGUAGAGAACAACUUCCUGCACCUCCUUUUCUGGAAUGAAUUCAGAUUUCAGCCACAACGACUCUCUGAUAUGGCUACCCUUUGUUUUGUUCAAAACAACUUGAGGCAAAGGUACCCUGAGAUUCCAGAGAACAUUCAAAAGUUUUUGCACAGCUGUGGUACUUGUGACUGCUGCAAAGGACCUCUGUACGGUCAUGGCUUUGGUUUCCUUCGUAUUUAUCGGAACACCUUCGGACUUCGGCUUCCUUAUCUUUUUUCUGCCUGCUCCAUAGCCUGCUACGCAAAGUUUGUCACUUGAACUGUCUUGAACAUAGUGGAUGGCUGGCCUUUCAUGGAUCCCUCUUUGCAGCAGCUGAGCUGGUAAUCUGCUGAAUAAAGAGUCAACCAUUGCUCUGCCUGCACAUCUGACUCUUCUAAGAAUUCCAGGAAUACCACUUUGCUCACAAAAUCACUUGGAAUAUAUGACGUUUAUAUUUUAAUUCCUCGAGCUUCUUUGUUUCAUAAGCCUAAAAUUGGUUUGUUAUGAGACAACCCUUGCGGUGUUUCCAAAGAUCCCGUUCCUUGUAGAUGCACUUUUCCGAUGUAAGAAUCACCAAUGUAACUAAUAAACAAAAGUAACAAAUUCAGACAAUUUGUAGUU